AUGCAGCCAAUUCCACGCAUUGCCGGCCGCCUGAGAGGGCUGGGCAUGGCUGAGCUGCCUCCUACCUAUCUCGCGCCAUCACUUCGUCUUCCCGUCACGGUGUCAGCCGUCCAGUCUUCGAGCUUUUCUUCGACUGUCCCGGUGAGCGCUAACCCUCGACGCGACAAGAGCAAAAACCGUGGUGUGUCGGCUAUCCACCGAACCGGUCCCAGAACCCCAUUCACUGUGUCAAGAUGGCCGUUGCCCAAACCAGUGUCACCGGAAGACAUGCAACCCCGGGAAACGAACCCCAAUCACGGACUCUGGGCUUUCUUCCCCCCGGAUCGGACAGCAUUAUCUACCCCUGAAUAUGACAACGCUCAUGGACGUUCAUGGGGUAUUCAAGAACUCCGGGAGAGAAGUUGGGAAGACCUCCACGCUUUGUGGCAUGUGUGCGUUCGGGAGCGAAACCGCAUUUACACCUCUGAUUUCGAGAGAACCCGAUUGAAGCCCGGCUAUGGUGACUUUGAGUCUCAGGGACGGGAUAAGGUGAUCAAGAGCACCAUGAAGAACAUCAAGCACGUCCUGCGUGAACGCUGGUAUGCUUGGGAGGACGCCUCGCGAUUGUACAAAAGCGGAUACCGUCCUGAGAACUUCCACGGGCUUGACGACGUGGAAGUUGAGCAGACUAAGGACAAAGAACAAUAA